UUUCUGGCAUUUCCUAGAGGAGGCAGACAGAAAAUGACAGCGAGAUUAUUAAGCGUGGGCCUCACUGUGCUCUUUCUGAGCUCCUGCGUGCCCCUGGGGGCAGCUCGAAUUUCUUGCAGAAAUGAAGAUGGUGACGCUGUAGAUUGGUUUGUUUUUUACAAAUUACCCCAGAAUAGAAAACAGAAAAGCGAACGGAGUGGGUUAGAGUACAUGUACCUGGAUGCUGCCACUAGAAGGUGGCAGAGGAGCGAGAGUCUAGUCAAUAUGACCCAGAGCGUCUUAGGAAGAACAUUACAGCAGCUUUAUGAAGCGUGGGAAGCCAAGAACAAUAGCACUGCCCACCUGAUAUAUAAUGACAAUGGCCCUCGCUCCGUGGAAUACAGCUGGAAGCAAGGGCAUACAAAAGGUUUCUUGCUUUGGGAUAAAUCACAAGGAUUCUGGCUGAUUCACACAAUUCCCGGCUUUCCUCCUUUCCCUGAAGAAGGCUAUAGCUAUCCAUCUACUGGGAAAAAAUAUGGACAAAUUGGUAUCUGCAUAACUUACAACUACAGCCAAUUUGUGGAAAUAGAUUCCCAGCUAUUAAGCUGCACUCCAAAUGUCUAUAGCUGCUCCAUCCCUGCCAUCUUUCACCCUGAGCUCACCUAUCUGCCCAAAAUGUGCGCCGGCUCCCCACUCCUCAGGAUUCCUCGCCGGCGCCUCUCCAGACUUGAGUCCAUCCGAGGCCAAAACUUCCUCCACUUUGCAAAAUCACCUUACUUGAUUGAUGAUAUCUAUGUGGCUUGGAUGGCUCAACAGUUGCAGACUAAUUUGCUUGUAGAAACUUGGCAACCUAAGCUUCCAUCAAACUGUUCUCUUUCAUACCAUGUCUAUAACAUCAAAGAAAUUAGAAUCCCAGGACAGUCUACUUUUAGCUCCCACUAUGAUCAUGCCAAAUGGUGUAUUUCCCAAAGAUACUACGAGAAACACUGGACAUGCAUUGGAGACCUGAACCGCAGCCCAUUCCAGACUCGGAGAGGAGGAGGAUUCAUCUGCACUCAAAAUAAGUACAUCUAUCUUGCAUUUAGAGGUUUGAUUCUGCACUACCAGAAUUGCAAUCAGUCUUAA